UCCUUUUUCCCGUGAUCCUCUUCGAGAAGAAAAAGGGUCCCUCUAUUUUCUUGUGUUCUUGAAGAGUACCGGUGUCAUUUUUUUAACGCCGAAGCCACACUCGUGAUACGCUUUAGUCCUCUUGUACGUUUAAUGGGAUUGGAUUCGGGCAAUCGUGCUCCGUUGCCGGCUCGUCCCUUUUAAAACUCCUUUAAUAGGUUCCUGUUGCCCUCACGAUGUCGUUCCCUCCUCCGCUUAAUCGCCAGCCGCUGAGCAUCCCCCAGCUACCCCCCGGCAUCCCCCCGCCUCAGUUCGGCACCUUUGGCCCGCCCGUCCCACCAGGUACUCCCAUGAUACCAGUUCACAUGGGUGUCGUGACCCCCUCUCCCUCAGUUCUUGUCCCAACCACAGUUUCUGUUGCACAGAAGCCGAUGCUCCCAAACAAGAUCAACUUCCGAGCCAAGGAGCCAGAGGACGGCCCCACCACCACUGUGUUUGUGGGCAAUAUCUCUGAGAAGGCCUCAGACAUGCUUGUCCGACAGCUGCUGGCGAAAUGUGGUAUAGUUCUAAGCUGGAAACGAGUCCAAGGCGCCUCUGGGAAACUUCAAGCAUUUGGCUUCUGCGAAUACAAGGAGCCUGAGUCAACCCUGCGAUCCCUGCGACUACUGCACGAGCUGAUGCUGGGCGACAAGAAGCUGCUGGUCAAAGUGGAUGCCAAGACCAAGGCGCAGCUAGACGAAUGGAAGGCCAAGAAAAAGAGCGCCAAUGGGGGGGCGAGCGGUGAUGGUAAGGACGAGGAAGAGGUGCUGGAUGAAGAGACACUCCGUCGCGACCAGGCAGCGAGGGCCACCAUCGAAGUGCUCAUCCGGGAGUACUCGACUGAACUCAACGCCUCCUCUGCAGAUGGCAAUGGGCAGCUUCGCAAGAAGAGAAAAGACAAGAAAGAUGAGGACGACAUCAACGCCAUAGAACUAGAGGAUGACAAGAGGGACUUGAUUUCCAGAGAGAUCAGCAAAUUCCGCGACACACACAAGAAAUUGGAGGAAGAGAAAGGCAAGAAGGAGAAGGAGCGACAGGACCUGGAGAAGGAGCGGCGAGAGAAGGACAAGGAGCGCGAGCGCGAAAGGGAGCGCCGCGACAGGGAGAAGGAGAAAGAACGGGAGCGCGACAAGGAGCGGGAGCGGGACCGGGAACGCGACCGGGACAGGGAGCGUGAACGCGAACGCGAGCGGGAGCGGGAGAGGACGAGAGAGCGUGAGCGCGACAGGGAGAAGAGUCGAGACAUCAGCGAAGCCCGCAGCCGCUCCAGGGAGAGGCCUAGAGAUGAGAAAAAACGGGACCGCGAUGAAGAUGAGGAAGAUGUGUACGAGCGCAGAAGACUGGAGAGGAGACUCAGAGAUAAAGAAGCUGCCUAUCAAGAGCGGCUGAAAAACUGGGAACUGCGGGAGAGAAAGAAGUCCCGCGACUACUACAAGGACAUGGAGCGGGAGGAAGAGCGAAGCCGCGAGACCAUGAAAGAAGCCAAAAGACUAAAAGAAUUCCUUGAAGAUUAUGACGAUGAUCGGGAUGAUCCCAAAUACUACAGGGGCAGUGCUCUGCAAAAGCGCCUCCGCGACCGCGAAAAGGAGAUAGAGAUGGACGAGAGGGACCGCAAGAGGGAGAAGGAGGAGCUGGAGGAGAUCCGACAGAGGCUCCUGGCCGAGGGUCACCCCGACCCCGACGCCGAAAUGCAAAGGAUGGAGGAGGAGGCAGAGCGCAGACGGAAGCCUCCUCUAAAGCUAGAAUCUGAGGAGAAAGUGAAACAAGAGAAAAAGGAGCGAGAAAGAGAGUCCCACCGAGACUCCCAAAGAGAGUCACACCGAGACUCCCAAAGAGAGUCCCACCGUGACUCCCAAAGAGAGUCCCACCGUGACUCCCAAAGAGAGUCCCACCGAGAGUCAAACAGAGACUCCCAAAGAGAGUCAAACAGAGACUCCCAAAGAGAGUCAAACAGAGACUCCCAAAGAGAGUCAAACAGAGACUCCCAAAGAGAGUCAUACAAAGAGUCACACAAAGAGUCCCACCGGGAUCGGGAGAAGAGGAUGUCGUCUGCAAAGCCCGCUGAGCCGACGCCUCGAGACCCUCCGCCACAUUCGGAAGAGGAUGAAGAAAAUGCGAUAGAGGAACGGUGGCGGAGGCGGGAGGAGGAAGAAAAGGAGCAGCAGCAAAAUCAACAGCAGCAACAGGAGGAGGAGGAGGAGGUGGAGAAGGAGAAGGAACAACAACAACAACAGCAGCAACAACAACAUCAACCACCACCACCACAGCAACCACAGCAACAGCAUGUGGCCCACAAUGGUGGGGAUUCACCUGAGGCUAGGCUGCACCUCAAAGCCCUCAUGCGACCAAUCAACACCGCUCCCUCUGUGUCCUCUGCCAGCGGGAAUGCCACGCCCAACACGCCUGGCACCGACUCCCCGCGCGGCAUCAUCAUUCCAGGCGAGCGAACGCCUGAGGUGCAGCCUCUCGAGGAGAACCGGCCCAAGAUUGGCCUCAGUCUCAAGCUGGGUUCAACUAACAGCCCCAGCCAGCUGCAUGCCGCCAAGCGCAAGAAGCUGGCAGCCGCAGAUAGCAUCUUCAACAAGUUUAACGACGAGGAGGAGGCUGACGAGCAGCCGCGCAAGAGGAAGCUCGUGCCGCUGGACUAUGGCGACGACGACAAGAGCUUGGGCCUGGACGGCGCUGACAUGUCGGGCGCCAAAGGCGGCGUCAACACCGAGGAGAAGCGCAAGAACAUCCGCAGCCUCAUCGAGAAGAUCCCCACGGCCCGCCCUGAGCUCUUCACCUACCCGUUGGACUGGUCCAUGGUCGAUUCGACUCUGAUGGACCGCCGCAUCAAACCGUGGAUCAACAAGAAAAUCAUUGAAUACAUCGGCGAGGAGGAAGCGACGCUGGUCGAUUUCGUCUGCUCAAAGGUGAUGGCACACAGCACUCCUCAGGGUAUUCUCGAUGACGUCGCCAUGGUUCUCGACGAGGAAGCGGAAGUGUUCAUCGUAAAGAUGUGGCGGCUGUUAAUAUUUGAAACUGAAUUCAAGAAGAUCGGACUGGCAAAAUAACGAUUCUCUCGGACCGCUUAGCUCACGGUUGCGGCUCGCCAGCUCCGGAUGACAAGAGCCGCCCAACGUGGAAAGAAAUGACGACGUCACGACAUUGCAUGAAGAAAACCUUAAGUUGUAUUUUUGUUGAGGUUUAAAAAAAAACAAAAACAAAAAAAAAACUAGGAAAAAAACAGGAAAAAAAGUCAAACAAUUGUAUUUCCCCAUUUGUUCUCCAGUAAAUCAGUCAUGGUGGAAGCACUGCUUAGCUAUGUUAUCUAAUAAAUACUGUAAGUUUUUUU